AGCUCGAGCCCUGGUCAAAAGUAGUGCACUACAUAGUGAAUAGGGUGCCAUUUGGGACGUCUCUCUCUCUUUGUCACGGUCACUGAGAUCGGUCACUAUUCAUCCCCUGUUCUAUAGGAAGUCUGUCUGUAUGUGUACAGAGGGGGACUGGACUGUCUGGUGAUAAAAUAUCCUCAAGACAACAAACACACAUGACACACACACACACACAGCAUGCACACACACAGUCAGACACAGGUUUAUUUAUCUCCCAACCCUCCUAGACCUAAAUACCGUAAUAUAACACACACACACACACACACACCUAACCACAAGCUAAAACAUGGCUCGCUCACACACAUACACUUUUGUGUUAUUUUUUAACUCUGGACCUGUUACACACAGUAUAAAAAAAACACACACACAACCCCCCCCCCCCCAACCCCUCCAGGUCUGUCUUCCUCAUGCCUUGCACUAAUGACGCUCAUGAAUAUAUCUUGUCAUAAUUACAGCCAGUGUGAAUAUAUAUAUAUAUAUAUAUAUAUAUAUAUAUAUAUAUAUAUAAAUAAUAUACUGUAAAUAGGGUGUUGCAAUGUAGUCUACUUUUUCGAUUUACAAUUGACAGGACUAAUGCUUGCUAGGGAGUUGUCUAGAUAAUCAUUAAACAAAACAAAAAACUGUACAGAAAAACGCUUUGGUAUGGGUUUGGAGUGAUGUUUUUUUUCACACACAAAAAUCAAUUCUAAUCGAUGGUGGUCGUUAUAAAUGUAUGUAGUAUUAUUAACAAAAAAAUGUACUUGCAUUUCUUUAGUGGUCUGUCUUAUACUUUUUUCUCAAGAAAAACAGAGGAUUUUUUUGGUUUUCUAUUUUUUAAUAUUCUCUUUCCCAUUUCACUUAUUAUUUUGUUAGCGAUCUAAAGCUAACAUGCCCUGUCCAAUACUCCUUGUCCUACUAGAACUGAACUCGCACACAAUACACUGUCUGGGUGUAGAAUCCCUGUUGGAUCAUUGCGGGAACAGAUCGGAUUGAUAACUAACCGUCCGCCCGUCUAAUAACGUCUCAGUAAUAAUGUAACAACGUUGUAGGAACAAUGUAACAACAACAGUAGUAGUAGAAGAAGAAAUAAAGACGGUUCCGUUCUACUGUUGGGGUACUGGCUGGUGGAUCAUGAUGAUGAUGAAUAAAUGAAUUAACUCCUAGGGAUGUACAUUGUUUACAUUGUUGUUGCUAUGGACAGUUAAUUGCAGAUGGAAAAUAUUAACAAAUGCAAGCAUUUUACAGGACUGUUAAAUGAUGACCAAAUAAAUACAUAAAUAAAAUUGAUAAUUUAUAUGAUAUGGAGGUUGUAUUGUGUGUGGAGUAAAAUAUUUGGUUUUAAGGUUGUUUUCAGGUGUUCCAGUUACUCUUGCUGUACUCUGUGUGGGGUAAAGAACCCCUACCACUCCGCCUGAGUUCUCCAUUGAAGUCAUGUUCUAUUUCUCUGACCAUUUGCCGCUUUUAAAACAACCGGGAACUCGGAAAAAACGAGCUCCGACUGAGAAAAAUCGUUUUGAACAGUCAUACAACUAGGAAUUCCACGUAGGACACUCGGGCAUCUUUCUAGAGCUCCUACGUCAUGAUUUGACCUCGUUUUUUCCCCGAGUUCCCAGUUGUGUUGAAAGCACCAUUUGACCCCUCAGCUUAUCAGACCUGUCCUCACCCUGGCACUCAGAAAGCAGCUCAGACAGUUUACAGACAAUGAUUUAACAUUUAGCUACACGUGUAACUACAAGGCCUAUUACAUUAUUGUGGUAUUUGUACUGCGGACAUAAUCAGGAGCAUCUUUUGUCUGCCCUUCCCAUUCCCAGGCCUACUUUUUUGCCUAUGACAGUUUCUGACUACAUUGUCCCUGCUCGUUACAUUUGACCUUGAAAUUCUCGCUACAAAUGGUACAUUUUUUUGUGACCUCUCCCCUGAUUCAUAGCCUACUGGAAUACCCAUUUUGUCUCCCCUAGUGGAGAAAAAACGGAUCUACAAUGACAAAUAAAAAAGUAGGGAUGAGCGCCAUGUCUGAUUCUCCGGUAGUGGAAUAGAGAACGGGACACUUAAACGUUUUAGCUCCAGGGUCGGGGAUCGCGUUCGUUCUCGGUAUCGAGGAUGUCCGAGAGCGCAGGGGUUCAGCAGGGCUCCCCGGCCAUCGGUGCGGCGGGAUCGGCUCCUGCGGCUCCGGGAGCCGGGGGAACGGAGGGUUCGGGCGCCACCGUAGGAUCGGCACGAAUCGCUGUGAAGAAGGCGCUUCUCCGCUCCUCCCCGCGCCCUAAGAAACUGGAGAAGCUCGGAGUGUAUUCCUCUUGCAAGGCUGAGGGGGCCUGUAAGUGUAACGGCUGGAAGAGCCAGAACCCCCCUCCCACACCACCCCGUACGGACCAGCAGCCAAACACUGUCAACCUACUGGAGACCUGCCGCAGUUGUUCCCACACACUGGGUGACCAUGUGACCCACCUGGAGAACGUCUCAGAGGAGGAGAUGAACAGGCUUCUGGGUAUAGUCCUGGACGUGGAGUACCUGUACACAUGUGUCCACAAAGAGGAGGACGCAGACACCAAACAAGUCUACUUCUCCCUCUUCAAGCUGUUGAGGAAAUGCAUCCUACAGAUGGGAAAACCUGUGGUGGAGGCACAGGAAAGUCCUCCCUUUGAGAAACCCAGCAUCGAACAGGGGGUGAAUAACUUUGUCCAGUACAAGUUCAGCCAUCUUCCCUCCAAGGAGCGUCAGACCAUCGUGGAGCUGGCCAAGAUGUUCCUCAACCAGAUCAACUACUGGCAGCUGGAGACGCCCUCACAGAGACGACAGCGGGUGCCUGCUGAUGAUGCUGCUGGGUACAAAGUCAACUACACUAGAUGGCUGUGCUACUGCAAUGUCCCCCAGUUCUGUGACAGUCUACCACGGUAUGAGACGACCCAGAUCUUUGGUCGGACCCUGCUGGGCUCAGUCUUCACUGUGAUGAGAAAACAGCUGCUAGAGCAGGCCAGGCAGGAGAAGGAUAAGUUACCCCCGGAGAAACGCACUCUCAUCCUUACACACUUCCCCAAAUUCCUGUCCAUGUUGGAGGAGGAAGUGUACAGUCACAGCUCUCCCAUCUGGAGCGAAGACUUCCUGGUUGGAUCCUCAGGAGGACAGAUCGCCAUCCAUACAGUGAUCAGUGCGCCCCCGGUGGCCAGGCCUCUGUACUACAGCACCAGCCCAGUAGCAGUGGACCCAUCCAGCUGUGGCAGUGUCAGUCCUGCCAGGAAGACUGCCUCUGCUCUGGAACCCAGUCCAGGUGGGCAAAAGCGGAAGCCAUCGGAGCCCCUCCCCCAUGAGGAGACUAAGAAGCUCAGGAUCGUUGGCGACAUCCCCAUGGAACUCAUCAACGAAGUCAUGGCAACCAUUACUGACCCGGCCUCCAUGCUGGGACCAGAGACCAGCCUGCUGUCGGCCCACUCAGCCCGUGAUGAGGCGGCCCGCCUGGAGGAGAGGAGGGGGGUGAUAGAAUUCCACGUCAUCGGGAACUCCCUCAACCAGAAGCCCAACAAGAGGAUCCUGAUGUGGCUGGUGGGCCUCCAGAACGUCUUCUCCCACCAGCUGCCUCGCAUGCCCAAAGAAUACAUCACACGCCUCGUCUUCGACCCGAAGCACAAGACGCUGUCGCUGAUCAAAGAUGGCCGUGUGAUUGGAGGGAUCUGUUUUCGGAUGUUUCCCUCACAGGGUUUUACCGAGAUUGUGUUCUGUGCCGUCACCUCCAACGAGCAGGUCAAGGGGUAUGGCACUCACCUGAUGAACCACCUGAAGGAGUACCACAUCAAGCACGACAUCCUCAACUUCCUCACCUACGCAGACGAGUACGCCAUUGGCUACUUCAAAAAGCAGGGCUUCUCUAAAGACAUCAAGGUUCCCAAGGCCAAGUAUCUGGGCUACAUCAAAGACUAUGAGGGAGCGACGUUGAUGGGCUGUGAGCUCAACCCCAACAUCCCUUACACCGAGUUUUCUGUCAUCAUCAAGAAACAGAAGGAGAUCAUACAGAAGCUGAUAGAGAGGAAGCAGGCUCAGAUCAGAAAGGUCUACCCAGGACUUUCCUGUUUUAAGGAAGGAGUUCGGCAGAUUCCCAUUGAGAGCAUUCCUGGAAUACGAGAAACUGGAUGGAAACCGGUGGGCAAAGGUAAGGAGCUGAAGGAUCCAGAUCAGCUGUACAGCACCCUGAAGACCAUCUUACAACACGUUAAGAGUCACCAGAAUGCCUGGCCGUUCAUGGAACCAGUGAAGAAGACUGAGGCUCCUGGCUACUACCAAGUCAUCCGCUUCCCCAUGGACCUGAAGACGAUGUCGGAGCGUCUGAAGAGCAGGUACUACACCACACGGAAGCUCUUCAUGGCCGACAUGCAGCGCAUCUUUACAAACUGUCGAGAGUACAACCCUCCAGAGAGCCAGUACUACAAGUGUGCCAACCUGCUAGAGAAGUUCUUCUACAACAAGAUUAAGGAGGCGGGCCUCAUUGAGAAGUGAUGGAUGGGAGGGGCUUCAAGGAAGAUGGACGGGGCUUCAAGAGAGGGUGUGGCUUAGUUCUAAGGAUGUCUAAAGGUUUUUAUUGUCUUCGUCUUUAUCUUUCUACUGUUGUCAACCAGAAAAACAGUUGGAUCGGCUAUAUCCAGUAGGGAGGAGGGUUUUAGGUUCAUUAGAAUACUCAAUAUCUGUUGUUCUAUCUCUCUCUUCUUCUCUCCAUCCUUGUCAUAUUGCCUCCUCUGGCUUUUACUGGCUUUUAUCAGUCUCUGCUUCUCCCUUGCUCCACCUUGUCUUUGUUGAGUCAGGAAAACAGAUGUCAUGUAGAAACACCUGUACAGCUAACCUAAUCCUACAUCUGUUCAGAGUCAUACUACAUGUAGAUGUCGCAUCUGUGAAAAACUGGACUGUCUGAGAAUAUGGGGAGGGAUAGUCAGCCAGUUACUGAGCCAUUCAGUCUGUCUGUCUCCAGAUUGGAGUUACUGGGUUGUAAUGGUGUAGGCUGAAGUUGCCCCUAGACACUGAUCCUGGGUCAGUUUUACACUUUCCCUACUAAUGGUAACAGUUAGGAUUGGGGGAUGGGAAGCUGAUCCUUGAUCUGUACCUAGGGGAAACCUUCCCCCGGAGCCAUAGUAAUCAGUAAUCAGUUCUAAUUUGUAUGUGUGUGUUACCUAACGCGCGUGCCAGUGUACACAUGACGUCAUGCGAGGUCUGUAUCUCCGAAUUUAUGAGGUAAAAAUGUGUAUGUAUGUUAUUAGAGAGUUCAUCCUGCCAAAAAAAUUUAAAUUAUAUUUCAAAUCCGUAUGUAUACAUUAAGUAAUUGAAGAGGUUUAAAAUAGUUACCUCUUUUAAACCUCUUGAAUUACUUAAUGUAUAUUUUUAGUGUACUGUAUAUUUUUCUUUCUUUGUUUUUGAACUGAAAGGAGGGGAAGCCUCUUUUCUUGAAGUUACCCUUCUUGCUUGUCCAUGUAAAAAGUCCCAUAAGGCUAAAGGUGACCAUGGAAAUGCACUUAUUUAUUUUUCAAGCAACUAUUCAGCACCACAUGGUAAAUAAGAGCAUUUUUGUUUUCCAUCGAGAUGUUUUAUGUUUUUAAAGAAAUGCACGCUAUGGCUAAUUUAAGUAUGUAUAGUUUAUCCUUAUUUAUGUGCUGUAACUUAAAGGAAUAAUGCUUAACAAAAGGUCUUAAUUUAUUUUGCAUAAUUAUUUCUGUCUAGCAAAUGGAGAUCGCUACCUUUGUACUUUGAAGAUAAAAGAAAAGAGAUUGUGCAUCACUAUGUUGUUUUGCUGUUUUAUAUAAAGAUGUUUGUACUUUUUAAACUAUAGGAAAAAUCUGGAUUUUGUAAUAUAUCUGGAAGAGUUAUUACAUGGCCUUUGUACUGUUGCUUUUAAUGCCGUACAGUUAUAACCUAUUUUAUAGACUUAUUAAAAUAGAAGUGAAAUUAA